GUUCAGUGCAGAAAAGUUCUUCUCAAAUCCCAAACUUGCUGCUGUCCAGCGGCUGCAACUUAUUCAGUCAAACCAAGAGACAGAAGAAAGCUUGGAAUAUACUGAGAGAGAUUUGUAAGCAAAAAGACUGGAGAAAUGAGUGUCCUGCUGUCAUGCCACUGGAACUUUGUUGGUAUAAUAAUCACAUUGUCAUUGGGACCAAGCUUGCCAGGAAGGGCAGACGACUCUACCGGUGAGUACUACAGUUGGCAGUAUGACAACUCACACGUGCGCUUUAACUCAAAGCAGACACAGUGUAUGGACAUCCCUAUGGACUUGAGGCUCUGUUAUAAUGUGGGCUACCAAAGAAUGAGGUUACCCAACUUACUGGAUCAUGAAACACUGCCAGAGGUACGACAGCAGGCUAGCAGUUGGGUCCCACUUUUGGCGAAGCGUUGCCAUGCUGAUACUCAGCUUUUCCUAUGCUCUCUCUUUGCACCUGUGUGCCUAGACAGGCCCAUUUACCCUUGUCGUUCACUCUGCGAGGCAGUCAGGGACAGCUGUGCACCUGUAAUGGAAUCUUAUGGUUUUCCCUGGCCAGAAAUGCUGAAAUGCGACAAGUUUCCGAUUGAUAAUGAUCUCUGCAUCACAGUACAGUUUUCUGACCCUAAAAAUACUCCACAACCAGGUCCAAACAACAUCUGUCCACCCUGUGACAAUGAACUGAAGACCGACAUCCUUCGAGACCAGUUCUGUGCCAGUGAUUUUGUUGUAAAGUUGAAGAUUAAGGAGACGACAACUGAGAAUGGUGACCGCAAACUACUAACUCGGAAGAGAAAGAAGAUAUUGAAGUUGGGAACACUGAAUAAGAGGGAACUGCGAGAGAUGGUCAUUUACCUUAAAAAUGGUUCAACUUGUCAAUGUCAUCAGUUAGAUCAGCAUCAGAAUGACUUCUUGAUCAUGGGUCGCAAAGUGGCCCACAAGUUCAUCUUAACUUUCAUCCACAAAUGGGAGAGGAAAUCCAUGUCACUAAGAUCUUUUAAAUACUUUCACUGUCCGUCAUUUCACAGUACUUUUCAGUGACAGUUUAAGGCCUGCAAUUCUGCAAUGAGAGACAACAAAGACACUAAGAUGUGCCUCAAAAAGCCCUUAAACCUUUACUAGGAUGAGACAAGUUUACUGAAUGCCUAAUGAAAUUAUUUUUUUCUUUCUUGCUACAACCUAUGUAAUAUUAAGCAACAUACAGUGUCUCUUUUUUUCUUUUUUUAAAAGGACAGAAUGAAUGUGAAUAUGUAAUGGCAUGUAUAAAGAGAGAUUUUACCACAGUAAUACUAGUGAUUAUGAAGAUAAUGGUGUUGAUAAUGACAGUGUUGUAAACAGUAAUUUUUCUAUUACAUUUUGGGGAGAUAUUUCUUUUCUAUGCCUGAUCAAUAGACCAGUACAUUGUGAAGAGUUGGCUGGCCUUAUGGACUUGUGAAAGACUUUUAUAAUAGCAGUAAAACAGAAUAAAUGAAAUUCUGCA